AUGGCUACCCCUAGUGUCCUAGCUUUUGACGCUGAGGGUCGCGCCAUUGAUUUUGAGGUCUGGCUAGACGACCUGCAGCUGUUCUUACAGUGCGACAGGGCUGAUGACCUUUCUCUCUUUGACCUCACCUCUGGCGCCUCUCCUGCUCCUGCUGCUGAUGCUGGUCCCGCUGUCCGCUCUAAGUGGGCCACCCGCGAUGCUGCUGCACGUCUUGCUGUGCGUCGCCACCUCCCUACCUCUGAGCGUGCGCACUUUAGUCAGUACAAGAGUGCUCGGACCUUGUACGACGCUGUAGUUGCGCGCUACUCCUCCCCUGCCACUGCUGCACUGAGCCGUCUCAUGCUUCCCUACCUCUUUCCUGACCUCUCUGCCUUUCCCACUGUCGCUGACCUCAUUACGCACCUCCGCACUAGUGACACUCGCUACCGCGCCGCCCUUCCUGCUGAGUUCUGCGCUAAGAACCCCCCCCCCAUGUACAUCGCUCUCUACUACGUAGUCGCACGCCUCCCUGACUCCCUUCGCGUCGUCAGGGACCACUUUCUCGCAGUCUGUCCCACCACUCUCACCGUCGACCUCCUCGAGAAGGCCCUCCUUGCAGCGGAGAAGAGCAUAGUCGCUGUAGGUGCUUCUCGUGGUGACCCUCGCACCCCCAUCUUUGAGGGGUGCUCUCCUUCCCCCUUGCUGCCCUCUGUUGCCUCUGCUGCUGCUGCCGACCUGCUUGGUCUUGAGUCGGUCGGCGCGGCGUCUGCCCCUGGUGGGAGACGUCGCUCCAGCAAGGGCAAGGGAGGCAAGGGCGCGGGUGGAGCUGGGGGGGGCGGUGGCGGUGGCGGUGGUGGCUGCGGAGGGAGUGGGGGUGGCGGCGGGACUAGUGGCGGGGGUGGUGGUGGUGGUGGUGGCAGCAGCGGCGGAGACGGUGGUGGUGGUGCCAGCAGUGGUGGUGGAGGCAGCGGCGGAGGUGGAGGCGGCGGAGGUGGAGGCAGUGGAGGCGGCAGCGGCGGAGGCAGUUGUGGUGGAGGAGGUGGAGCUGGUCGGGGUGGUACCCAGCAGCGUAGCGGCGGUGGUGGUGGCCAGCGCUCGCACCGGCAGCAGCAGCAGCGCUCACGGGACAUCCCUUCGCCUCAGCAGCUUCGUGAGUGGUACGCUAGGCGUCAGAGGGGUGGGGGUACUGGUCCCUGCACCUACGUUCUUCGUUCCGGCGACCGCGCGGGGCUGGAGUAG